CAAGCUAAACAGCAUCAACUCUCACGUCGACAGUUUCAAUCGCCAUGUCACAACUCAGCUACGCCCGCUAUGGCAAGGACAAUGUCCGCCUGUACAAGGUUGAUAAGGACCCCAAGACCGGAAUCCACACUAUUGUCGAGCAGACUGUUCGUAUCCUGCUCGAGGGAGAUAUUGAGACGUCCUAUACCAAAGCAGACAACUCAGUCGUGGUUGCGACCGACACCCAGAAGCAGACCACCUACAUCCUCGCAAAGCAGCACCCAAUCGACCCACCCGAGCAGUUCGCCGCCAUCAUUGGCAAUCACUUCAUCUCGACCUACCCGCAUAUCCACGCCGCACACGUCAAGAUCAUCCAGCACCGAUGGACUCGCAUGAACAUUGACGGCAAGCCUCACCCACACUCCUUCUACCGCGACGGUGAGGAGAUCCGCGUUAUCGAGUCCGUCACACGGGAAGGCGAGGGUGUCUCUAUCCGCUCCAAGAUCGAGAAGCUGCUGGUCCUCAAGAGCACUGGGUCUGCUUUCCACGGCUUCCACCGUGACGAGUAUACCAAGUUGCCAGAGACGUGGGACCGCAUUCUCAGCACGGAGAUUGAGGCUGGCUGGCAGUGGAAGCUGUUCAAGAGUAUGUCUGAGGUCAAGGCUGUUGACUUUAAUGGCGCAUGGAAGGCCGCAAGGGACAUCACCAUGAAGAUCUUCGCCGAAGACGACAGCGCCAGCGUCCAGGCCACCAUGUUUAAGAUGGGCGACAAGAUUCUCGCAACGGUUCCUCUGGUUGAGGCCGUUGACUAUGCUUUGCCCAACAAGCACUACUUCGAAAUCGAUCUCUCAUGGCACAAGGGCAUCGAGAACCUAGGCAAGGAUGCCACCGUUCUCGCUCCUCAGUCCGACCCGAACGGUCUUAUCCAGUGCACCAUCACGCGCCAGGGCACCAAGUCCAAGCUAUAAAUCAGCUCAACAUAACGAUUUGAUGACUUGACUUCUUGCAUAUCAUAUAUGGCGUUCGGCAUGGCUAGGGUCGAUUGUACAGUGAGAGUAGCACAUUAUACCAUUUGAAUAGGGACUGGGCGUGGGAUUUGGGGACGAGUGAGAGUAGAAACCUUCUACGAGUAGAACAAAUUGAACUGUCACUCGUGAUAAAGCUAUAGCUGUGCCUCUUGAGUUACCAAUCUUGAAAUAAUAAUACAUAACUAGACCGAGCUACGUCUGAAGACCUGAUGACAAGUGCAGGCGCGGAUGGCAUAUGACGUCUCAGGGAACAUAGAUCAUUCAAGAGUACUGUCUUGAAUCUGUGUUCACUAUUGUAUCGUCCUCAGAUGAAAUAGGACACUUAUUCAACUCAGCUUAUCACAUUAAAA